GGUCAGUGAGUUCAGUGCGGCGACCGAGAUUCAUUACUAUCUACCAUCCCGAAGGGGUUAAGUUGGUGGCUUUUCUGUACUGUAUUGUGUUACUUGCUCCACUUUUCUGUACUGAUCUUAGGGCUGUCUCGUCUACUCGAUACGAUCGCAAGCGUUUCUAAUGUUCAGAAUCUCAAUGUUUACUCUGAGAAAGAUUCAAUGUAAAAGACGAAAUCUGGAUACAAGAGAACACUUGAGAGAUAAAUCUGAUAGAGAGCAACAAAGUUCUUUGGGUUAUAAUUCCGUCCAAGUAUUUAAACAAAGGCGUUGAAGGGUUUUUUCCAAACCCGCAUUCCAUAUUCUUACCUUUCGAUUAACUUGAGAAUUCACACAUAUAUCGAUCUUUUUAUCUCUUUUUUACCUCAGUGACGUAAGAAUACUUUGGAACCUUGUUUUUCAAUUUGAACUGCCUAAAGAAUCGGAUUUUUUUCUCAGCUAAAAGUUUUAAUAUGCAAUAAUUAUUUUAAAUGAAAAAGUUAAAACAAGAAUAAGAAGCCGAUCCAUUUGAAAUGCACAAACAGCACUAAAAUUUUCCAUUAAAGGCCUCCUUUUUAAUUAUUAUAAGACAUAAGACUAAUUUUCGUCUGUUUGAUUUUCGGUCUAACACCAAUUUAUAAUUUAUGCCAUUUCAAUUUUCAUAUGUACGUGAUUUCCAACUGUUUUGAAUCUCUAACGGUCGGAAUAUGCUUCAAAGAGCGUGAAUAAUUGAUCGUUUGUACUGUCACACAAUGUUUGAUCAAUGUCAAAAUUAGGACUCCGUUUUUUGAUCUCAUCAAAAAUUGAUCGGAGGUUUUUUGACAAGACGAGCUAAUUUUGUUGAAAAUUUGAACAAAAUCCAACACAACUGUAUCAAUUAGUUCAAAGGUGCGCUGGCGACUUCAAAACAACCGCUCGAGUUGUAUAAACCAGCGAGUUUGCAUUUUUAGCAGACAACCGAAUCAGGAAUUGUUUUUUAUUUAGAAAAAUCAAUUCCAAACAAUUCCGAACAAAAGCGAUCAUACUCAUGAAGACGUGAACUAGAAAGUAUUUGAUGACAUUUCCUGAAAAAUGAACUGAAUCGUCAAACUACAUUUAAUUCAAAUUACAUAUUUAUCAGGCAUUGAUUUUUUUAUUUAAAAAUAUUUUUAAAUUUUCCAAGUUUCUUUUUUAAUAAAGACGGUAAUCUCAUAAUGGUAAUGUCAACAUAUGCAAAAUGAAAAACAAAAAAGGGUUAAAAAUUUGAGUAUUUAUUCCACAAAUGCUGUUAUGAGGUGAAAAUGUGUUACAAGAAAAAAAUAUUUGGUACUUUCUGAUUUGUCAAUUCUUUUAACAAAGCAUUUUAAAACUCAAUUCAGAAUAGAACGCUAAAUGACCAAAAAGCAGACCGAUUUAUUUUUACUAUUCGUCUUCUGAUUGAAGACUGGUAUAUAUCAUCCAUCAAUUGUCAAAAAUAUGCUGUCCAAUUACAAAAAAAAGUUACUGAGACAAUCCUGCAAGUUAAUAUCGCCGCCAUCACUUUGGGAUUCUUACUUCUUUACAUAGCCAAUCUAUAUUUAUCCCGAAACAAAAAGAAAAAUAGGAAUUUUCAUUUCGAUUAUGAGGGAAAAAAAUUUAUGACAGUUUCUUUUUAAAUUUCAUUGCGUGAUUAGCAUUAUAUGUUUCCAAUUUUAUUUCGGUAAUAUUCAUAAAAACUGGGAAACUUUCGUUAUAAAGUCCAUCAAGUUUCAUUUUUAUAACUUGGCUUAAAGCACAUUGAUACCUUUCAAUCAGUUCUUCAAUGCUUUCCUGAUGACAGUUCAAAAGUUCGUUGACCUUUUGUUGACCUCGAUUUCCCUGUCCCUAAACUUAUCCAUAAUGGGACUGGUGUCCACGACUUCCCACGAGAACUGGCGCCGAAUGGACGUCUAUGUGUUGUGUCUGUCAGUCGUGGACUUUUUCUACACCUUCGGAAUUCCGAUCAGAACUUAUGUCACUAUGAACGACAACAACUGGAUGUUCGGAGAAAUCUGCUGCCAGCUGUACAACUCAAUGGACGUAGCGUGUAUGUCUUUUUCAGUCAAUAUUCUGGUCAUCAUGUCGUUCGAAAGAUACAUCAUGAUCAAACGACCCAUGGAACGGCAGACUAUCAAAUUCUACAGGGCCAUUCUAAAAAGCGCAGUCGCUUUUGUCAUUGCCAUCGUCAUAUCCGCUCCCAUGUUUGUGAUCAGCGAAAAAAUCGUAUUCCAAGUUGCAGCUCCUCCCGAACCCGCUACUAACCAUUCGGAAAUCGCAGAAGUUUCGGAUAACGUUACCAACGAGACCGUCGAAAUAGUGCGCUGUGUUGCGGGAAUAAGCUACAGGUCCACGCAAAAAUACUACGAAGCUGCGAUAUACUCGGCUAUUUUUUUCGUCCCUGGGGGGUUGAUUACGACCUGCUACGCGCUGCUGGUUAAGUCGUUCCGACGCAAUGCUCAGUACUUCGGAACCAGUGGCUCGGCCCAUAACCCGAACAACGGCGUGACCGAAAUGCGAGUUCGGCAAAUCAAACGACUAUCACGAAUGGUUUUGAUCAUCAUCGCUUGUUUCAUGUUCUGCUUUCUGCCUUUCGGCACUUUGAGACUGAUUCAAUUCGUUCACCCGGUUCGGACUCCGCCAUGGUUAUUUCACAUGUUGAUCACGAUGACAUACUUGAACGCAUGUAUGAACCCAAUUCUGUACACAUUCCUGAGUAACAGGUACCAAAACAGACUGAAGAAUCUGAAGAAUAGAUGUCACGUGAUUCUGGUCCGACUGCUGCCGUGUUUGGCCAUGCCCCCUAAUCAUCAUCAAAAUCGAGGGUACCAAUUGGGCCAUAAUUCUCACGCAGUGGCGCGUAAAAAACUGAGCGGCACAAUGGCGCAUAAAACUGCGGUCUCACAGCUGUAACUGCUGCGGCUUCAUCGUUAUAAAUCAGUUAUAAUUUUCAUCAAAAGUCUAUAAAGUUUUAUUUAAUUAUUUGUCACUCCAUUAUGAAUUAUUAUUUUUAACAAAAAUGCCAAAUUAUUCUUUGCGCUGUUUAUGUUUUGUGUGUAUUUUAGAAAGUAUAUCUGCUACUCUUAGUUAUCACUUAACCCCCGUGUGCGCAGAUUGCUCAGCCACCCCCCUUCCCCCAAACCAGACCCCCUAUUUAUCCGCCAGGUACUUUGCUUUGGAUGUUGUUAGCUGAUAAUAUUAUAUUACACCAAUAUUUUGUUAUAUCAAAUACUUUUACUCAAAUAUAUUCCCGUCAGCUCAAGCGAAAAAUAAAAUUUGUCAAAAUCGAUGUCAAAAGCCCAGUUACGAGUGUUCAAUUUGGGUUGAAAAGGUUGUCUAAAUUUAGUAAUUUGUAGAUUUAGUUUCCUUUUCAAUGUGCUUUUAAGAUCUAAAUAAGGGUUUUCUGUGGUCGCUAAAAACUUCAUCAGCAAAACAAUUUUGAUGAACUAGAUGUUAUUUUUAAAUCUUGUUUGUCUUCUUCGCCCUUAAUUGUCUAAUUAGUCAUUAGAUAAUCAAAUUUUAC